AUGGCGCGGACCCGUGGAGGAGGAACGCGGCUUCCGAAUCGACGGUCGCCUCGACUGAAGAAGGCGACAACAAACAAAGAAGCUGAAAGUAGCAGACCUGAACCCGAGACGGUGGAGAUCCAAUCGGAUACUGAGGAAGAUCAAAUCCCAACAGAGACUGAGGCUGACGAUGAUGAAGAAUUUGACGACGAAGGUGAUGCUCCCCAAGUUGAAGAUCCCGAAGAGAUAUUGAGCUUGGGAAAAACAUUCACUGGCCCAAAAGAGUUCAAGAUAGGUGUGUUAAGGUACUCUCUCAAGACUAGAUAUGAUGUUAAGCUUUAUAGAUCUCAGAGUUUGAAGAUAGGUGCUAAGUGUUCUGCGACUGAUGUAAAGUGUCCAUGGAAAUGUUAUGCUUCUUAUGAUAAGAAGAAGCAUAAGAUGCAAGUAAAGAUCUACGAUGAUGAGCAUGCAUGUGUGAGGUCCAGAUUCUCCAAGAUGUUGAAGACUACGACAAUUGCUUGGUUGUAUAGAGAAAGACUGAGAAAAGAUCCUAAAAUUAGUAAACAACAUAUGGUUGCAGAGAUCAAGAGAGAGUACAACUUUGAAGUCACUGGAGAUCAAUGUUCAAAAGUGAAGAAAAGAAUUAUGAAAGAAAGAAAAGUCACUCAUGAAGAACACUUUGCACGUAUAUGGGAUUAUCAAGCUGAGAUCUUUCGAUCCAAUCCAGGGACAACAUUUGAGAUCGAGACUAUUCUUGGUCCAGCCAUUGGCAGCUUACAAAGGUUUUAUCGACUAUUUAUUUGCUUUAAUUCACAGAGAGAUUCUUGGAAGAAUACAUGUAUGCCUAUCAUAGGUAUAGAUGGUACCUUUCUGAAAUGGGAUGUAAAGGGUCAGCUUUUAGUUGCUGUUGGGAGAGAUGGUGAUAAUAAAAUAGUUCCUAUUGCGUGGGCUGUAGUUGAGAUUGAGAAUGAUGAUAAUUGGGACUGGUUUCUUAGGCAGCUCUCUACAAAGCUGGAUCUUCAAGAUGGCAAAAACAUAGCAAUCAUAUCAGACAAACAAUCGGGAUUAGUUAAAGCAAUUCACGAAAUCAUUCCACAAGCUGAGUAUAGGCAAUGUGCUAGGCACAUCAUGGACAAUUGGAAGAGAAAUAGUCAUGACAUGGAGCUACAACGACUAUUCUGGAAAAUUGCUAGAAGUUACACAGUAGGGGAAUUUGGUGGUCAUGUGGAAGCAUUGAGGAGUUACAAUCCAAGUGCUUAUGAUUCGCUACUGAAAACUAAUCCGAGAACAGGGUCUAGAGCAUUUUUCAGGAUUGGAAGCUGCUGCAAUGACAACUUAAACAACCUCUCCGAUUCUUUCAAUAGAACCAUCCGCCAGGCCAGACGGAAACCUUUGCUAGACAUGUUAGAAGAUAUUAGAAGACAAUGUAUGGUGCGUAAUGAGAAGAGGUAUGUCAUUGCUGGUAGGUUGAAGACUAGAUUCACAAAGAGAGAUCAUGUUGAGAUUAAGAAGAUGAUUGCUGGAUCGCAGUUCUGUGAAAGGUGGAUGGCAAGGCAUAAUAAACAUGAGAUACGAUGUGGUGAUGUCAAAGUCUGUGUUGAUAUAAGUGAUCGGACAUGUGGCUGCAAGAAAUGGCAGAUGACUGGUAUACCAUGUGUUCAUGCAGUAUCUGUCAUCAUAGGAAAGAAAGAGAAGGUGGAAGACUAUGUUGUUGAGUGGUACAUAACUAGAAUGUGGCAGUUAACUUAUGCUGAUGGUAUUGCGCCUGUUCAAGGCAAGCGUUUGUGGCCAAGAGUGAAUAGCCUAGGAGUGUUGCCACCUCCAUGGCGAAGGGGCAAUCCUGGGCGGCCAAGUAAUCAUGCUAGGAGGAAAUCACAGUUUGAGUCUGCUACCAAGUUAUCACGCAUGAAUCGAGUCAUGACAUGUUCUAAUUGGAAGCAAGAAUGA